UAAACCUUGCAUUUGCAUAGCUCUCUUCAAAAGAGAAGAUUGUGUGGGCACGGGGUGUAUAUGAGAUGGAUGACUUCUGCCUCUGAAACCAAUAAUAUAUGUUAAUUAAUUGAAUUUAAGUGAAAAAAGAUUGUGUGUGUGUGCAUGCACACAUGUGUGGUUAUACGUGUAUAUGUAUUUUUGUGUGUACUGGAGUUGAAAGUCUUUGAAGCUCUUGCAUUCGGUGUAUGAUGGGAAAGGAAGUUUCCUUUCUCCCUUAGACGCUUUCUAUGAGUCCUUCUGUUGGUAUAAUGCAAUCCAUUACAGAUUUAAACUUGUGUCUGUAGUUCCCAAGAGUUGUGUUUCUGUGGGUUAGUGUCCAGCUGGAUGAUAUACUCUCUCCCUGGAGAGUCUCCCUGGAGUGGGAGGACAAGUAGUUACUCCUCUGUGUGAUGUAGAAGACGCAAGAGUGUUUUUAUCCAGAGGGGUCAAGUGGCCUGAACCUGAAGGUAGAUUUAAAGAAUCUGGGUGAUCACAGAACAAGUAGGAGUUCCUGGUGCCUUGAAGGUACACUAAAUAGGGAUCUUCUAGUGUAGUUUGCCAAGUUUGCCAAACCAUGGGAGUCUCACAACACAAUGACCUGGGAAAUUGUAUUUUUUUUUUUUAAGAUUUUAUUUAUUUAUUUGUCAGAGAGAGAGCGCACACUUGUGCAUGAGCACAAGCAGGGGAGCCACAGUCAGAGAGAGAAGGAGACUCCUUUUUGAGCAAGGAGUGUGAUAAGGGACUUUCCCAGGACCCUGGGAUCAUGUCUGAGUGGAAGGCAGAUUCUUAACCCACUGAGCCACCCAGGCAUCUGGGAAAUUAUCAGCGCUCCAAGUGACGGUCCUGGGUGCUAGCCGAAAGCUGCUGCUCCCCAAUUGAAUCUUUUUUUUUUUUUUUUUUUUGGUAUGUCUUGGGAAGUUAUCAAGUCACCUGGAAAUACCCUUAUAAAAUUAAGGACCAUAAAAUUUGAGGCGGUCACUGGUUGAUCAAAGCAGAUUGUGGGUGACACAGACAUUCCUGAAGAUGGGGCUUCCCAGAAGUCAGUCCUUAGGGUGUUAGGGAGAUACAGUAUCCCUGAGUGGGAUGACAGAGACUAGAAUUUUGAUAGCAUUCUGAUCAUGGUAUAAAGAACAAGUCCCAGAUGUGGUGGCCUCCUGGCCUUCAGAGAUGUCCUAAUACCCUUCUGCUUGCCUUAUCUCCUAGUUCACUGUUGCUCUGUACUAUUUUGAAUCGAGGCUGGACCUUCCAUUUUCCUCUGAUGCACAUACAUAUUCUUACAUAUUCUUACGCUCUUCUGUAAUGUUCUCUGUAGAGGGCCACAAGGUCCUUUUUAAUCCUAAAGGUGCAAGUUGAUUACAACAUGCUUGUUUGUUUCUCUUAAAUGGAAGUACUUGGCCAACUUCUCUUUGUAUGUGGGAGGUCUCCAGGCAACUGUGAAUAACUUUUAAAGGCUGCUAGGAGGUCAGGAAGUGCUUUGCUGGGUCUUGUUCUGUCUCUUUAAAAGCAGGCUUCUCGGUCUUGAUUGGGCCCCAAAAUUCUGUUUCUUCCUGGACUGUCUUGGGCUGUCUGCAGCUGCAUUAGAGGCUGUUCCAGCCUCUGUUCCAGCCUGCGUAUCUGACCCUUAAACACACCAAGAUCCAGGCUGCUACUUUGCACACAGGGCAGAUCUGUUGAAACAUCCUACCUUAUGCCAUCUUCAAGUGCUAGAUGUUUACAAGAGAAUCCCAUCAUCCUGAUUUUUCUGUACCCCAGUGCCUUCGCAGUUCUUAGACUCUCACAGAUGUAAUCCCGCGGUCAAUCUGUUACUCUUUUCUUCAUGGACUCAGCAAAAAAGUGUCAAAGAAUGGUAGCCAUUUCCUCUCCUUUAUCACCAGUACCUAAGUGAUCACCAAAUCUUGUUAUUUAUUUUGAAAUUUUCCUGCCUUUUUUCCUGGGUUCUUAAAUACACCACCUAUCUUCUGAUCUCCAAUUCAUACUGAAAUCCAUUGUGCUCAGCCUACCAGGCCAAUCUUACUCGUUUUUCUUUAUAAAGUGGGAAUUACUGUACCAGUCUGGCAGGGCUGCUACAAGGAUUACAGAUCUUCUUUAACUUACUAUUGUGGUUACAUGCCAGUAAACCCGUCGAAAGUUGAAAAUUGCCAUGAGUUGCAUUUAAUGCAGCUAACUUACUGAAUAUCAGAGCUUUAGCUUAGCCACCUUCAUUGUGCUCAGAACACUUAAGCUUACAGUUGGGCAAAAAUCUCCUAACACAGAGUCUAUUUUAUAAUAAAGUGUUGAAUAGCCCAUGUAAUUUAUUGAAUACUGUUCUGAAAGUGGAAAAAGAAAGGUUGGUGUGGGUACAGAAUAAUUGUAAGCAUAUCAGCUGUUGACCUCAUCAUUGUGUGGCUGACUGGGAGUUUUGGCUUGCUGUUGUUAACCAGCAUCAGGAGUGUCACUAGCCCAGGAAAAGACCAGAACUCAAAGUGGCGUGGUUUCUACUCAGUAUAUAUGGCUUUCCCACCAUCAAAAAGCUGAAAAAUCGUCGAGUCCAUCCACAGUAAUGGCCGCGGCCUUACCCAGGACGCUGGGGGAGUUGCAGCUGUACAGAAUAUUACAAAAGGCCAAUCUGCUCUCUUAUUUUGAUGCCUUUAUCCAACAAGGUGGUGACGAUGUCCAGCAGCUCUGUGAAGCGGGGGAGGAGGAGUUCUUGGAAAUCAUGGCCCUCGUGGGCAUGGCCAGCAAGCCCCUUCACGUCCGAAGGCUCCAGAAGGCGCUAAGAGACUGGGUGACAAACCCCGGCCUGUUCAACCAGCCGCUGACGUCGCUGCCGGUCAGCAGCAUCCCCAUCUACAAGCUGCCGGAGGGCUCGCCCGCCUGGCUCGGCGUGUCCUGCAGCAGCUACGACAGGGGCAGCAGCGCCCGCGAGCCGCACCUGAAGAUCCCCAAGUGCGCCGCCGCCACCUGCGUGCAGAGCUUGGCUCAGGGCAAGGCCGACGCGGCGGGGAGCGUGGUGCUGCCGGGCCUCGGGGAGGCCAGACUCUGGCAGGGCCACCACGCCCCUGAGAGCGAACACAGCCUCUCGCCCGCCGACCUGGGCUCACCCGCGUCCCCCAGAGAGAGCAGCGAGGCGCUGGACGCGGCCGCCGCGCUCUCCGUGGCCGAGUGCGUGGAGCGGCUGGCGCCGUCGCUGCCCAGGAGCGACGCGGGUGACGUGCGGGAGCUGCUGAGGAGCAACAAGAAGCUGGCCAAGAUGGUCGGCCACAUCUUCGACAUGAGCGACGACGACCCGCGCAAGGAGGAGGAGAUCCGCAAGUACAGCGCCAUCUACGGCCGCUUCGACUCCAAGAGGAAGGACGGGAAGCACCUCACGCUGCACGAGCUCACUGUUAACGAAGCGGCUGCUCAGCUCUGUGUGAAGGAUAAUGCUCUGCUGACAAGAAGAGAUGAACUGUUUGCCCUGGCCAGGCAGAUUUCUCGAGAAGUCACCUACAAAUAUACCUACAGAACCACUAAGUCAAAAUGCGGAGAAAGAGAUGAAUUAUCCCCGAAGAGAAUUAAGGUGGAGGAUGGAUUUCCAGAUUUCCAGGACUCUGUGCAAACGCUUUUCCAGCAGGCCAAAGCGAAGAGCGAAGAGCUUGCUGCCCUUGGUUCACAGCAGCCUGAAAAGGUGAUGGCAAAGCAGAUGGAGUUCCUUUGCACCCCAGCUGGCUAUGAGAGACUGCAGCACGCCGAGCAUAGGCUCCCGGCGGGGCUCUACAGGCAGGCCUCUGAGGAGCACAGCCCGAACGGCGCAGCUUCUGACACCUCGGAUGGGCAAGGAGAAAGACCUUUGAAUCUUCGAAUGCCUAAUUUACAGAACAGACAACCCCAUCAUUUUGUGGUGGAUGGAGAGCUGAGUAGACUUUACUCCAGUGAGGCAAAGUCCCAAUCAGAGAGUCUUGGGAUUUUAAAAGACUACCCUCACUCAGCUUUCACGUUAGAAAAGAAAGUCAUCAAAACAGAGCCUGAAGAUUCAAGAUAGCUGUGAUUCUCCCACUGUUCUCUGGAAAUGGCAGUUGAAGGAUAAUGCUCCGUCAUAGAACACGCCUUAAUAACCAGCGUUGCCUCAUUCACUCAAACAGACUUCAUAGCCAAAGCCUAAGGACUGAUUCGGAGUCUGCGGAAACCAGGAAGGGAACACGGCAGCCACAAAGGAGAAAAUUGAGAGAAUGUUGCAGUCUGUAACAGAAAUACUGAUCCAUUCACAUUCCUGUGUAAGUCGUUUUAUGUGGAAAAGCUUACAAAUUAAUAUUGUAAGCAUUCAUUAUUUAAGAAUGUACAAUGUAUUUGUGUAAUUUAUAGAAGUAAAAUCUAGAUGUGGAGACAUGUUUGGUCCAGUAAAUGUGGAUACAGUUUAUUUUACUUGAAAUUUCACUAUUUUAAGUGUGUUUAGCAUAAAUAUUAUUAUAGGUUAGAGUUUAGAAUCUUUGCAGUCAUAAAGAAAGUUUAAGCGAUGUAGUUAUUGGCAAGGUUGCAAUGGUUUUGGAAAAAUGGAAAGCAAAUGCUUAAUUCAAACCAAGGAAAAUAUUGUGGAUUUAAUAUUUGAUAAAACCAACUUUGUUUAACAGGAAAUGUGUCACUUUUGGAAGUAAAAUGUCACUUUUGCUGGCUCAGACCCACUUACGCAAUUAAUAAAUACUAAAGUAAAGUUUAAAAGAUGAGCAAGAGAGUAGAAAAUCUCUCUUACGUGGUUGAUUCGAAUUGUAGUAUAUCAUUCUCUCAUCAUAAAAAUAGGAAGCUGGUCCUUGGACAGAGAACUUGAAACAAGUGAACUGAUGUGUAAAAGCCGUGACUUAAACAUUGUUGUUGAUGAAUGUGUUGAAUAGAUUAAGUCUUAGUAAGUUAACCCCAAAUGUGAUAAGGAUGGUGACUGUCAGAAAGGCUAUAAUAUAAAAUAGAGUCAGCACCAGUGUAUGUCUACCAGUUCUUGAUGUCCUCGGUGGAGUCAGAGAAAGUAGGCGUCUCGCCCUUGGGGAAUGUCUUCCCACCCAGACCGUCCCAAGUGUGGACAAUUGUUACAUCCACAUUUGCAGGCAUAAUUCUGUGGAGGUUUAGUUGACACCUGGAUUCAUUAUUUAUUUUACAGUUUUGUGUACCUUUCAUAUUUGCAUAGGCAGUUUUUCUUUAAAUUCAUUUUAGCUUGAAAAUCUCUUAAAUUCCCCUAUUUAAUAAGUGGGCUGUGUGCAUAUUUAGGGGGGUGCUUCAAUGUUGAUAAUGUCCUUGCAUACUUACGAGAAGUUCACAUUGGAACCCAUAGUUUAAACAAAAUACCAUUUCUACCAAUUUACAUUUUUUCUGUUGGUUUAAGAGAAGACAUUUGACAGCUUUACCUACUUCCUCCAGAUUCAUCUAAACCCAGAUAUUGAUGAGAACAGCAUCCUGAGUUGGGAUACAUACUACAUAUGUAGUGUUUUUUGUUUGUUUUUAGUUCUGCUCUAAGUCCUAACUGUGUACAAAAUACUAAGUCAUAAUCCGUUAUACUGGAGCUCAUCGGCCACACAUUAGAUGAAAUGUCUGGACUGUAGUCUCUGAUCACUGUCACAUGUAUAAUUGCUUUUUCAUUCUGAUUUGUAGAAUAGCUUUAUAGUAGAAACACCAGUAAACAACUUUUAUACUGUUGAAAGGCUCUUUUCCCUUAAGUGUUUUAAUUGUACCAUAGUGUUUUGCCCACUGAAGAAGCUUUUUAUGGACCUUGCAACUUUGUUGCUAGCUUGAGAUUGAUUAUUGUGGUUGUUUUGUUCACUGUGUAUAGAAAUAGUUUGAGUACGAUCUAAAUAGAUUGUUCAGUUUUUAAUAUUAGCCAUAGAACUGGUUAGUAUCUCAGUAGUUUCAUGAAACGUUUCCUGUAUUCUAAUCUAUUUUGAGAAAUUUUGUGGGUUUUUUUUUAAUUGUGUCUUACAGUUCAAGUUUGUAGAUUUUAAUAAGCAACAAUUUUUAAAGAUGCAGUGACCUUCCAGUUAAUACUUACCUGUCUUUCAUGGCCCCACAAACUGCAUCUUUAAAUCCAUAAGUAAGUUUCCUUAAGUAUCACACUUUCCUGGUCUUUCAAGCUUAAUGAUAAGGGGGAAGCACAAGAAAAAUUUCAGUAGAAUACAGUUUUUAUUUUGUAAACACUAAUGUAUUAAAUUUGCUAUACAUUGAAGCAAAUAAUAUAUAUUUUUAUUUGAAUUGUAUAUAUGAAUUGGAUGUUAUAACUAGUUGAUUUUUUCAUUGUGUUCGAGGUAUUUUCACUGAACAAGGUCAAUUGGUUACCUCAGUAUUACAGCCGAUAUAGUCCAAGGGACCGUUUCUCCCCAAGUCUGCGUUGUACUUGAUCACGUGACGUCUGCGUUCCUGUGACUCUUACAUCUGUUGGUGAGGUGGGACGAGUGCACUUGCUUCCUGUGGCAAUAAAGAUUUCUGUGCCUCACA